AUGUUUGAACUUGUUCUACUUCUGGCCAGUGAACAAUGGCUGUUUCACGCUUGUUAUAACAUUCCUUAUCUUUGCAGUGAUGUUACAAAUGGUGAAACCAGGAGUGUGCCAAUUAGUUCCACUGAAGCAGUCCCCUCCUUCUCUGUGCCAUCUUCUAGUGAUGUUACAAACAGUGAAACCAAGAGUGUGCCAAUUAGUUCGAAUGUAGCACUUCUCUCCUUGCCCGUGCCAUCUACUAGUGAUGUUACAAAUAGUGAAAGCAGGAGUGUGCCAAUUAGUUCCACUGAAACAGUUCCUCCCCUGUCCCUGCCAUCUUCUAGUGAUAUAACAAACGGUGAAACAAGAAGUGUGACAAUUAGUUCCAAAGCAGCAGCUCCUUCCUUGUCCGUGCCAUCUUCUAGAGCUCCAACAAACGUUAAAACUAAGAGACAACAAGCUUAUAGGAUAAUAUCUGCUUCUGACCCAUCAUGGGCUGAUCUUUUUAAGACCCCAGAUGCUACGAACCGAUCAUCUACUGAGUCUGAUGCUGCUAGAAGAGAUCAACUUCAAGAGUCUGCUUUGCUUAUCCCGAACCCUCCUCAAAGCUCAGCUUUUCCUGUCAACCAGCCAAUGGAUACUACAAGACAACAAAGCACUGCUACUGCAUCAUCUCCACCUGGUCUUAGGCCAACGAUCUCCAUGGCCGACUUAAACUCUUUUUUCUCAUCAGCAGGAUUUCAGCAACGUAGCGGUAGUAACAGCUACACUUUGGCGCAUGAUGGUGAUAUGACGAACCUUCAUUACCUGUGGCGCCAAGAACAGAACAACGUGCCAUCUUCAGAAGCAUUACAGCAACGUGGUGGUACUAAUAACGACACUUCCCUUUAUCACUCUCUCGAUUCAGUGUUUUCUCAGUACAGAAACAAUAGCCUGCCUCCCUCAGCUACCUCUAGUGACGUGACGAGUGGUACCGCUGCAAACUCGAGUGGUGCCUCCUCUAUUGGUCCUUCAUCGCACGCCUCUGCUUACAGUGUUGGCAUGCCGAGUGGUAACGCUGCACCGUGGUCUGGAAGUAUCCCAAGAGUUCACUUGCCAUCAUCAAACUCGAGUGGUGGAACCUCCUCUAUUGGUCCUUCUUCUUCUCACGUUAACGGUUCAAACUCGAGGUUGGGGUAUGGAGAUUACUUGCCACCGGUUCACCUCCAGGGUAGUAGAAGCUCAAAUGAGUGGACUGUGCAAAGUGAAGAAAUUUACUUCAUCCCGUCUCACUGGAGGUCACCGGGUUACAGACCUAGCCAACAAGAACGGGAGGAAUACAGAGGGAUUGGCUAUGAAAGACUCAGAGCUUACAAUGCAUCUCUUAACCAAGAAAACAAUACAAGUGAUCCAUCUGACCAAACCCAGCAACGGCCAAGAGACAAGUAGCUAGUGUAACUUUUCAAAAAAAAAUCAACCAACUCCAACAACUGAUGACUUUCUUUCUAGUGUAUUAGCUACAUUGUAGGCAAAGAACAAUAUGCCUUUUAUAACGUUUGUUCUGUGGUUUGAUAUUUUUUACUUACAA